AUGGGACACCCCAGGCGAGAAGCAUUCGGCAAAGCAACUGUAGCCAAAUCAUCAGCAGAGCGAACACGCCCGUUUGUUGACGAACAGUCAGAUAAGCAAUAUGAUGAUCUGGAACAGAGAAACCUCGUCUCCAGCUGGACAGAAGUUUUUCAAACGGGAAAGAGAUAUAGGAUUGUUGAUUAA